AUUUCCCCCAGCAGCAGGGUGCGUCUGUUGUUCAUGUAUCGUGCCGGAUAUAAGCCGUGGCCCCGUCAAGCCCUGCAUACGUAUAUGCCAAUACGCCCGUUUUGCCCCUUUCCGAAAGGAAAGACCGCCCGCAAAUACCGCCUGGCAGCCGAAGCAGAAGCUGCCGACCGAAAUCGAGCACACGCGCGCUGAAACGUUCGCGUUCGAAGGAAAUCGCAUCAACCUCGCGUUGCACAGCCCAUUCCCGCCCUUCCGGCGUGCUUUGCCACUGCGCCCGUGUGCCUUGUGUGUGUGUGUGCACGUUCGCGAAAGCAUCAUCUAGAAGAGGUACAACAUCGCAGUUGCAAAUCGAGGGGGUGGUUGGUUUCGAGUUUUUGCGAGUGCCGGUUUAUGGCAUUUUGGAGCUAUUAGUGGGGGGUGGGGAGUGGGGGGGGGGAGGUUGGACAGUGACCGUGCUGUGAAUUUCGUUAGCUAGGGAGAGGCGUAAGGUAUGCGAGGUGGGGUGGUGGUGGGUGAAAGGGAGUUGUCGUAUCAUCCCGGUAUGUGCCGAGGUACCGUUUUGUUCGCUCCCAUGCACCAUCCAUCCUCCUACAAGUGUUACAAGUGUUGUGUGUGUGUGUGUGUGUGGGUGUCCCUAAGGGAUGGCAAAAAGGUGCAGAAGGGGGGGGGGGGGGGAGGUAGCACUGGGAAGGGAGCAGUGAAAGUGCGCGUCGAACAAUGACAACAACACCACAACCAUUUUCUGCAAUCAACAGAAGAAGAAGAGAAAGAAGCAGGAGAAGAAGAAGAAGACAAUUAAAGAGAAAGAAAGAAACACGCAGUGGAAGAAAACAACAACAAAACCGCGUGUUUGUUUGUGUGUGUGUGUGGGUGCGCCAAUUAAUCCCCCCAUCCCAUCCGUUUCCCUCCCGCUAACAAACACACACACACCUACAUUUUCCGGUCGUGUAGCGCCGUGUCCCAACUUUCCUUUGCUUUUCCUCUCUUCCAUUCCCUUCUCGCCGCGUCCCUCUCUCUCGCUCGCUACCUGUUGUGACCUAGCCGGGCGUGACAAUUGUGUGCGCAGGGCAGUAUGGCGGCCACGGCCGAAUGGGAGCCACCGGUGGCACCGGAAGCGGCCCCGGUGGCGCAACCGGAACGCAAGGGGACGGCACCGGCGCCCGGCCCACCGGCCGCAAUCAACCGGAAAGCGGAAAACAAUCAACCGGACGAGAUACACUACGUCAACCCGUUCGUGCACAAGCUCGUCUGGGACGAUCCGAUCGACAAGGCCAAGACAGCACUGCUGACGGUGAUACUGCUGCCAUUUCGCGUCGUCCUAAUUCUCGUCUGUCUGGUGGUGGCAUGGGCCCUCGCCAAUAUCGGCCUCUAUGGACUGUCCAAGGAGGAUCUGCGUACGAAGCCACUGGUCGGCUGGCGGCGCCAGUUGCGCCAUCUGACCGCGCUCGUGAUGCGCACGCUCUUCCUGUUCGGCUCGUUCAACUACAUCCGGUACAAGGGCGUCCGGGCGUCGCCGAAGGAAGCGCCGGUCAUCUGUGUGGCGCCGCACACCGCAUUCUACGAUUCGGUGUGUGUCGUCCUGUUCGGGCCGUCGGCCGUCGUCGCCAAGUAUGAGACCGCAUCGCUGCCAUUCUUCGGAAAACUGAUUGACUACGCCCAACCUAUCUACGUGUGCCGGGAGGAUCCCCAUUCGCGCCAGACGACAAUCCGGGAGAUUAUACAGCGCGCCAACUCGAAGGAGGACUGGCCCCAGAUACUCAUCUUCCCCGAAGGGACCUGCACGAACCGGACGUCGCUGAUCAAGUUUAAGCCGGGUGCGUUCUACCCGGGCGUACCGAUCCAGCCGGUGCUGAUGCGCUACCCGAACAAGGUGGACACCGUCACCUGGACCUGGGAGGGGCCGAACGCCAUCCAGCUGCUGUGGCGCACCCUAACGCAGUUCCACACGUUCUGCGAGAUCGAGUUCCUGCCCGUGUACUAUCCGAGCGAGGCGGAAAAGGCCAACCCGAAGCUGUACGCCGACAACGUGCGCAUGCUGAUGGCGAAGGCGCUCGACAUACCGAUCUCCGAUUACACCUUUGACGACUGCAAGCUGAUGACGUUCGUGAAGAAUGUCGGCAUGCCUCAUCCGGCCGCGAUUGCGGACAUUGGAAAGCUGCGCGAAACGCUGAAAAUUGCCGCCACCGAUCGGGAAAGCAAGAUCGUGGCGAGUGAGCGCCAGUUCACCGAUGCGAACAGUUUGCUCACCUACCCACAGUUUGCCGAGCGGAUGGAGCUGGACGUGCAGCAGGAGGCAGCACACAAUCUUUUCCACAAACUGAUCCGGCCUGAAACGCCGGAUGUGAUUGAUUUCAGAGAGUACCUACUACUUGCACUGUUCUUGAUCACACUGUACAAGCCGAAACUAAUCUUUGUUGAAUCUCUUUUUCAUCUGUACGGUGUGAAUGGACGUGUGAACCGUACGCAACUGUACCAAACCCUCCAGAAUCUGGUACGAAUCUCGCAGAAGGAGCUGAACAGCAUCUUCCUACAGGCGGAUCCGGACAAUCUUGGCACGAUUGACUACAGUCAAUUUGUCAAGGCAAUAGAGCGCAAUCCACUGCUAGCCAAGCUGCAGAAGAAUAACGAUCCCAACAACCUAAGACUGGGCUAAAGCAACGCACAAUCUGAACUCUACUCUCUCGCUCGCUGCUACUGUACGGGUUUACACCACACGCUCUUUCCUCCCCCAUUGCUGGCCACCGCUGCGGACCUGCGUAGGUGCCAGCAACUUUGUCGCAAGCAUACGCUCCUGACCGUUGAAGCAGACUGUGGGAACUUAAAAAAAUAUAUAUAAAUAUGUAGGCUAGACAUAAGCCAGCGGGGAAAAAAACAAAAA